CCGCCUUCGUGGCCAAAAGAGAAGCGUCGUCUGGGGGCCAGAGGCAGGCUCCGGUCGCGGCCGCGGCGAGUUACAUCGUCUUCCAAUCUGUCCGCGUCCGCCGCCGCCCGAGACAGAGCCAGGAUGUUCAGGAUGCUGAGCAGCAGUUUUGAGGAUGAUCCCUUCUUCUCUGAUUCUUUUAAUGCACACCAAGAAAGUAUGCGACAGAUGAUGAGAAGUUUUUCUGAACCUUUUGGAAGAGACUUGCUCAGCGUCUCUGAUGGCAGAGGAAGAGCUCAUACUCGUACGAGACGUGAUGAUGGCGAAAAUUCCUUGACUGGUACAGAUGUCAGCCCUUUUCAGGCAAUGGACCGAAUGAUGUUGAAUAUGCGCAACAGUAUGCAGGAAUUACAAAGAAACUUUGGUCACCUUUCAAUGGAUCCAAAUGGACAUUCGUUUACUUCUUCCUCAGUUAUGACUUAUUCCAAAGUUGGAGAUGAACCACCAAAGGUUUUCCAGGCCUCAUCUCAAACCCGACAGGCUCCGGGAGGAAUAAAGGAAACUAGGAGAGCAUUGAGAGAUUCUGACAGUGGACUAGAAAAAAUGGCUGUUGGUCAUCAUCUUCAUGACCGAGCUCACGUCAUUCAAAAGUCAAAGAACAACAGGACUGGAGAUGAAGAGGUCAAUCAAGAGUUUAUCAAUAUGAAUGAAAGUGAUGCUCAUGCUUUUGAUGAUGAAUGGCAAAAUGAGGUUUUGAAGUACAAACCAUGGGGACAAUGGCGCAAUCUAGAAAAUGCUAAAAUGCGGAGUGUUGGUCAUGAGAAUUCAGGAUCUGGAUCCCGAGAACUUAAAAGAAGGGAGAAACAUCAUCAAAGUCCAGCCAUUGAACAUGGAAGAAGAUCAAAUGUUUUUGGGGACAAACUCAACAUCAAAGGAUCGCCUGUGAAAAUCAACAAAAAAUAAAUAGCCUUGCAUUUGAUAUGUUUAGUUUUGGUUGUUUUAAUAGAGAAAGUAAUGGUGCUGGGUAAUACACAUAAGACCAAUAUCUUGUUAAAUCAAUACUGUACUUAGCAACUUUUUUCUGAUAUCUCAAUGUUCUUGGAAGUGCUAGCUUUACAUUGUCCCACCUUUAGGAAUAAAAUUUUGAUUUUUGACAAUGUGACAAACUUAUUAAACAUCCUAUCAAACUCUGCUUUCUCAGUGAUUUUCCUAUUGGCUAUGUAUACUUUCACAUAUUCAAGAUUGAAUGUGGAGCUAGUUACAUCUUAUAUAGUUAUAAGAAAGUGAAAUGUUAAACGAUAGUCUCAAUUUUUACUAAUGCUACACUAAAGUCAUGUUAAUAAAGGUUGAAAUUACUUAGUUCAAAUUUUAUAAUGUGUUAUGCGACCAGCUAGCUUGAUCUUUAAAAAAUAAAGCAAAAUUAUACUGCA